UCAAUAUCUCCCAACCAACUAUAAAAGAAUUGACAAGAAGAUUCGAAGACAUAUUGCGUCUUAUUAACGAUCAAGAUUUUACGUCGUAUUAAUAUACUUUAUAUCAAGUUUCAAUCUACAAAUAAAUUUAAAUCGGAAAAAAAAAUUAUUUCCUUACAUUUGUGCGCGAGUGAUUUAAUAAAUCAAUUAUUUCUUAUUUUCGUCAUAAUUAUAUAAAAUGAGGCGCUUCAAAGCAUAUUUGAGAACUGAAGGGUCCUCGAAGGAAGAAGAAAUUCGUAGAUUUUCUGUCGAGCCUAGAGAGGUGACCAAUUUCACAUUUUUGAAGGAUAGAAUACAAAACAUUUUUCCAAGCCUACAAGGGAAACAAUUUACUGUCACCUGGAAAGAUGACGAAGAUGAUCAUAUUGCAAUAUCAACCAAUGAGGAAUUGGAUAUUGCUCUGGAAGAAAUUAAGCAUCAAAAUCCUCCUAAAUUAUACAUAAUAAAACAUAAGGACAAUCAGAGAAAUGUGUACGUUCAGCCAGAAGAAAUAGCAGGAGUGGUACAUCAUAAUAUCUUAUGUGAUGGCUGCAAUAAGAAUGUCAAAGGUUUUCGAUACAAAUGUAUUGAAUGUCCAGAUUACGAUUUAUGUUUUGAUUGUGAAUCGAAAGGAGUACAUCCAGAACAUUGCAUGAUUCGUAUAGCAGUACCUUUACAAUGGACAUCACGCUAUGGUAGGCGCUUGGCUCACCAUAUGAAAAAAUUUAUACGUAAAAGCAGUAUCUAUAAUGCAAGACUAGAAGAAACUAGAGAAUGUCCAGCUAUGAAUGAAAGACAUUACGCAAGAUCUAGACCAAAUUGCGAUAAUUCUUCAUGGGUCGACACUUUUGCUGAUUAUUUUAAUGAUUGGACCUAUAAUGCAGGUGAGUGUCCCAUGAAGAAUAUUCCAAAACCACCCGAGACAGCAACCGAAGCUAUACCUUCGACUAACGAGUCUUCGGCAUCUAAAGAGGCUAAAAAAGAAGCUAAACCACAUAUUGAUCUUUUAAAGAUAGUAGAAGAUAAUAUUGCACAGUUCUUGAAUCCUCUUGGAAUAGAUAUAAGUAUGAAAGUUAAGAAUGAUGAAAAAUCUGACAUUUCGCAGAACAAUGUUCCCAAUAAAAAACAAGCUGAUACAAAAGUAGGAUUCGAUGAAAAUCCUGCUAAAUUUCCUGGUGAAGGGAGAAAAUUGAAUGAGAAAAAUAUGAAUAAUCCUGAAACUAAUGACGAAUCAUCCGUAACAAAUAUAAAAGAAUCACUUUCUGAAAAAUUUGAUAAAUCCUCAGAUGACGAAGAUUGGACUAUGCUGAACAAAGAUGAACGCUCUGCUUCUGUUGCCCCUGCUGUUCCUGUUACUGAUCAAACUUUGCCUACUUCUUCUACUUCGUCUGAGCCCAUCUACGAAAAUGUGCUAAAGAAGGUUAAUACUCCAUCAGCUCCUGUAAAAGAAGAGCCAAAUGGAAAUCAUUAUCCAUCACUACCAAAGCCAACUCAGCCAAGAAUUAUAUAUCAUUCAAAUCCGAAGAUUCAAAAUGCUGUUGAAAUUAUGAUGACCAUGGGAUUUUCUAAUGACGGUGGUUGGCUUACUCAAUUAUUGGAGAUCAAAGACGGUGACAUCGGAAAAGUUUUAGACAUGCUGUCGCCAGUACGUGAAUGACGCAAACUAUUUUGACAAUAUAUCUUAUAUAAAAAAAACUUAAGGGAAAUCUUACAUAAAUUUAGAGAUAUACACUUUUAAAUAUUAUUAUAGUAGACAUUCCAACGAAUCGUCAAUAUGUAAUUCUAUAUACUUUUCUUAAAUAUAUAAUGCAUGUAAAAAUGUAGCAUUUCUAGAUGUUUGUGUUCUAAAUUUUAUGGAUUAUAAUAAUAUAAUAAUCAAUAAAGUAUUGCAAGGUUUAAA